AUGAAACAAUAUAACGUUACGUUUAUCGAAGUCUUAAAGGAUAAAAAGGUCAUAGCCACGUACUUUCACAACCCGGGGGCCGGCUACGGGUCCUUGGGGAGAGCUGGCCAAACGGCCAAGCCUGAAGUGUUCCAGCGGUUGACAGAGGAAUUGGUGGUGCCUAAAGUGGUACCUCUGGAGGGCAAUAAGGUCAUCAAAAUGUCGAAUACAUUGCUGGAUGGCUUUGAAUGCUACCAUGGAACCGAUAGUGAGGGCCGCAUAUGUGUGUGCUUCUCGCCCGUAGAUGUACCCAAAAUUCUUCCGCUGCGAAUUUUGACUGAUUUGAAAGGAAUGUCGAAUAACUCGGACCAGGAGCUGGAUUCCAACGUCCGAGCCAUUCUUCAACAAUUCCAUGAGGAACUUCUGUCUUAUCAUGACUCUUCCACCGCAGAAGCCACCGAGCAGGACUUGCAGGAUGUUAUCCAGCUGAUGAACGACAAUAUUGACAAGUUUCUGCAACGCCAAGAGCGCGUCUCACUGCUGGUGGAUCGCACCUCGAAGCUGAAUCAAUCCAGUUAUAAUUUCAAACGCAAAGCCGUACGAAUCAAAACCAAGAUGUGGUGGAAAAACGUGAAGCUUUGCUCCACACUUGCCGCCGUAACUGUAGUUGUCGUCGUGGCGAUUUUGGGGGCCGUUCAUUAUAUGUAG